CAAACCGUUGUGAUGGGCGUGGCUUUGAGUACUGUAACCAAUCCCCUGUCUCCAUUAUACAAUGGGCGUGUCCUAUAAACAGAGACAGGACGCCGUUCACCAGAAUAAACAACUAAGUUAGCUUGUCAGCUAGUUAGCAACUUCUGAAAUGGCGUCGUCAGUGGCGACAGAACCGACGGUAUGCACGGGGGCAAUACCGACGGCAGAGUCCAUAGUGCCCGCUUGUAUGUUUGCUCCGGAUCGGGGAUGUGCCGACGACCCAUCCGGCGGAGAGGGCUUUGAAGACGGCGUGGGUACAAACGGCGAGUCCGCGGAUCAUUUAGACUUAAGCAGCAAGCUGGUUCUAGUGAGUCCAACAGCAGAACAAUAUGAUUCUUUACUACGACAUCUGAGGGAGCGGAUAGAUGAGGGCUGUGGAGAGACCAUCUAUGUGGUUGGAAUGGGCUCAGAUGGAGGUGACUACGGUCUGGAUGACAAGGACAUGGAGGCGUCGAUAGCCACGGUGCGGUCGCUGUGUGAACAGAUUGAGGCUGACCUGAUCUGGCUGCGAGAGAGGACAGACACCGGUGGAAAGAUUCAAGACUACCUCAUCCGCCGGCGUGUGGGCGAGCAGGAUUUCCUGGAAGUCAGAGUGGCUGUGGUAGGGAAUGUGGACGCCGGGAAGAGCACUCUGCUGGGGGUUUUGACCCACGGAGAGCUGGACAAUGGCAGAGGCUUUGCUCGCCAGAAGCUCUUCAGACACAAACAUGAAAUAGAGAGCGGCAGGACCAGCAGCGUGGGCAAUGAUAUCCUUGGGUUUGACCAGGAGGGACAGGUGGUGAACAAGCCGGACAGCCAUGGCGGCAGCCUAGACUGGACGAAGAUCUGUGAGAAAUCCUCAAAGGUCAUCACCUUCAUUGACCUGGCCGGCCACGAGAAGUACCUCAAGACCACCGUCUUCGGCAUGACGGGACACUUGCCUGAUUUCUGCAUGCUCAUGGUUGGCAGUAACGCUGGCAUCGUUGGCAUGACCAAAGAGCAUCUGGGUCUGGCACUGGCCCUAAACGUGCCCGUGUUUGUGGUGGUUACUAAGAUAGACAUGUGUCCGGCCAACAUCCUGCAAGAGACACUAAAAUUAUUACAGAGGUUAUUAAAGUCUCCGGGCUGCAGGAAAAUCCCCGUGUUGGUCCAGAACAAGGACGAUGUCAUCGUCACAGCCUCCAACUUCAGCUCUGAGAGGAUGUGUCCAAUCUUUCAAAUUUCGAACGUGACGGGGGAGAACAUGGACCUGCUGAAGAUGUUUCUCAACCUCCUCUCUUCAAGGACCAACUUCAGCAACGACGAGCCGGCUGAGUUCCAAAUAGACGACACGUACUCCGUACCGGGUGUGGGCACAGUGGUUUCGGGGACUACGUUACGUGGAGUGAUUCGACUCAACGACACACUACUCUUAGGCCCAGACCCUCUGGGCACCUUCAUCCCCAUCGCUGUUAAAUCCAUCCACCGCAAGAGGAUGCCUGUCAGAGAGGUCCGUGGAGGCCAGACAGCGUCCUUCGCCCUCAAAAAGAUCAAACGUUCAUCGAUAAGGAAAGGCAUGGUGAUGGUCUCUCCAAAGUUGAUGCCACAGGCCACCUGGGAGUUUGAAGCUGAGAUUUUGGUGCUGCACCACCCCACAACGAUAUCCCCGAGAUACCAGGCCAUGGUUCACUGCGGCAGCAUCAGGCAGACGGCCACCAUUCUGUCCAUGAACAAAGACUGCCUACGGACAGGGGACAAGGCCACGGUCCACUUCCGCUUCAUUAAGACUCCCGAGUACUUGCACUGUGACCAGAAACUGGUGUUCAGGGAGGGGCGCACCAAGGCCGUGGGCACCAUCACAAAGCUUCUCCAAUCAGUGAACACCCAAGCAGCUAAGGCCCAGCAGGCCAAGAUGCAGGCCAGUAAGAAGACUUCUAAAGACGGCACAGUAGCCAAUGAGGAGGCAGGAUCAACAGCACGGCCGCCGAGUCCUAACACGGCGCAGCUGCCAACAGUGGCAGAGGCAGAGGCUCUGUGUAAAGAUGGCGACAAAGAAAACAAGCUCAAGUCGGGAGGUGGAGGACGCCGGCGAGGCGGUCAGAGACAUCGAGGGAAAGGCCUGAACGCUGCUGCGCCGAUCUCUACGGCCGUGCCUGCAGGAGCAGCAGGGACAGCCUAAUGAACACAAACCCGUUUUCAUUUCUCCUCAUCUGCAUUACAGGGAGGGAAAGUGACUGCGUGGCCCUCUGGUGGCUGAUAUAAGAGGAUGACUCAACACAGAGAGUGAAUUGUUUUCCACAAGUCAGCUUAAAAGUUUUAUUGGUGAAAUUACUUGUGGGCUGCUGAAGAUAAUAUUGAGUUUUUAUUUAGAUUGGAAGUUGUAGAUAACAUAACAUUUUCUAUUUUAAUACAGGUUUUGGGCGUGUUGGUCUUGUUUGUGGUUCAUCAGAACUUCUUUUAUAGCAUUAUCUGUGCCAGCCAACCAGCAGACAGCAGACACCUGUCACUUCCCCUGCCCUCCACAAUCUUCUUUUCUGAUAUUUUUUUCUUCUUUAUUGUCAUUCUACAUUCACCUAACUUUCAUUAUAGCAGUUUUUUUUGUGAUGACAUCAAGGCUGGACUCCACUUAACUUCUCGCAUCAGUCAUUUGAGGAAGUAGGCUGUGUUCAGUAGUUGAAAAACAGUUUUUUUUUUUUCUCUCACUAAGCUCCUCGUUGUUCAGAGUAGUAGUUUGAAUUCAUACUGACUGAACUUAAAGGGAACUGAUGCCAGCCUAAAGCAUUUUGUUAUUUUCCCAUCCUGGACCUGUCAUGUGACAUCUCCUUGUAGAUGAAGAGGGAAACAGUCUCUCAUCUGUUUGCCCUCACACGGCCUAAGUUUAAUCCUGCCACAGAAAGGUCAUUUGAUCGGCGAUACCCCUUCUUCUUUGAGCCAACGUUUCUAUUUUACUUUCAUUCAUCCAGUUCAUGCAGCCAAGACAAAAGCUGUAGUAUAACAUUGCUUUAAUGUUGCACACAUCCUCUGUGGUUUGCUGUGACAUCUCUUAACUUAAAUCAAGCAGGCAGACGCACAACUUUUCUUCCAUUUUGAUGCAGUCCGAUCACCAAAAAUCCAUAAGAUGAAACUCUCAGUCACUGUUAUCACUGCUUUAAUGCAAAAAAUUAAGUGGUGUUUUGCACCUUAAAUGUCAAAAGCCAAGAAAGAACUUCGUUAAUUAAUUUAAAAUUAUUCUAUUGUGUCUCUACAUUAUCUCUUUGUACUCAAACACAUACAUGAGACACAGGAAGUCAGUUUCUUUCAUAUGACCAGAUAUAAAAGCUUAUUUGCUAUGUACUGCAUCAAUAAUUUCCUGGUAUUUCUACUACAUGGUUCAGAUUUGACUCUGCAGUCAUCUGUAAGGUUUCUGUGACGGGUCCAAUCACACCAGCUGAUAGUGUAGGCUCAACAGUUUCUCAUCUCAGAUUGUCUCUAAUAAGCUAACACACACCACUGAUCACAUCAAACUAAACUAAAAAUGAAAAGUGAAUUGUGAGACGUACUGAACUGCCAGAAUACCCACCCACCCAUCCCCCCUUUGGAAAAGACCUUACAACAACAAGAAGAACUUUUUUUUUGAAGGGACACAUGUUGUGUGUAUGUAUGUACAAAAGAUUGUGCAGAAGAACUGAGGACAAAAACAAAAAGAUGCCAUUUAAAUUAAAUACCAGUUUGUGUUUGUAAAUCCUUUUAAAUAAAGAUGUUCUAGAAAACUGA